AUGGAAGAGUAUCUACUAGAAGGUGAAGAUUUUUUACAUGAGAAGAGAUCAAUGCAACUACAAGAUCAUGGGUUAGGUGCAUAUGGGAUGGAGAAAUGUGUGGAACUGAAGCAAUUGAGGGAAAUCGUGGAGAAGAAAUCCGUGAAGGAAGAAGGAAACUUACCAGACAAUGUCGUUUCGGGAUUUCUUCAAGUGUUAGCUUGUCGUGGGUCCGGCUUUGGCCCAGGGGCAACCCAUUCUUUUAUUUCAAUGGAUUAUGUCAAGUUCUGCCCUGUUGAAGCUGAAAAGAUGGAUUACAAUUUGAUGGUCUCAACCCCAGCCGUAGAUAUAGUGACCUGCAACAAGAUUUUGCUUAAGUGUCCAAUAACUAUUAGCGGGAGGGAAAUGCCAACUAACCUGAUAGUUUUUCCUAUGAUCGGGAAUGGAUUGGUUGGCAAGUUAAUACAUGAUGGGUGUCAGGGGUACUUGGCCUUCGUGUUGGAUGAACCAAUGCAAGAAUUGGAGUUAGAAGAGAUUCCUAUUAUGAGAGAAUAUCCUGAGGUUUUUCUUGAAGAUUUGUCUGGAUUGCCACUCGAGUAG